AUGGCACCCGCAGCCCCUUUCAACCCACCUUCUGCCGACCUUCCUGGCAAGCCCUUUGUGGCGCAAUGGGUUCCUCCCCCAGUCACACAAGAGAAGGAGAACUUUGCCACACUCAAAUCGAUUGAUCUUUCCUUGCUGGACUCGGAAGAUCCCGCUGUCGUGGAUAGUCUGAUCCAGCAGGUUAAGGUUGCUAUUCGCGAUGAUGGUUUUCUUUUCUUGGAGAACUAUGGUGUUUCGCUAGAGCAGCUCCAUCGCCAAUUUGGAAUUGCGCAGUAUCUUUACAACAACAUCAGCGAAGAGGACAAAGAGCGUCUUCUUUUCGACCCUGACACCGGUGUGUGGUCUGGCUACAAGCACCCAUUUGGAUUCAAGCGCCAACGUGGUCCCGCCGACGGUAUCGAACAAUUCAACUGGUACAAGCCCGACUGGGACGACAUCGAAAACCGCGUCCCCCACUGCAUCCAACCGCUGAUGGACGAAGUCGAGGCUUUUUGCAACUACCUCACCAAGUCCGUUAACCGACGACUCCUCACACUAUUCUCGCGUGUCCUCGAGCUACCAGAUGACUACCUAUGGAACAACGUGCAAUCUCACGGCAGCCCGACAGGCGAGGGCUAUUUCCGCCACGCGCUAUUCCGCCCCGUGAAGAAAGAGACACAAGAGGCUUCGAAGGGUCUUCGCAUGCACGGACAUACCGAUUUUGGCCUCACGACCCUCCUCUUCUCGGUUCCUAUCUCGUGUCUUCAAAUCUGGGGCCGCGACGAGAAGUGGUAUUAUGUUCCCUACAAGCCUGGUGCGCUGGUCAUUAACAUUGGAGAUACGCUUGAGAUUGUAUCGGGUGGCCACUUCAAGGCUACUCGACACCGUGUGUAUAAGCCUCCGGUGGACCAAUUGAAUGAGGAGCGUCUUUCGCUGGUACUGUUUAACAGCUCUGUUGGGGAUCUUAGAAUGGCACCUGCUGCUGAAUCACCUCUCAUUCAGCGCGAAGGCUGCGUCGAGGAGCAAGGUGUUUAUAAAGAAUUCAAGAAACUCACAUCGCAAGGGAAAUUGGUUCCUACAAACAAGCAGUGGCGCGAGAUCCAGAUCUCGACAGCCACCGACCCUACAGACCAAGUUCAUAACCGGGUCGGUGUUCACCAGGUCCUCGUUGAUGGAAAGGUUAUGCAUCAGCGAGAAUACAUGGGGAUUAAGGUUGUUCUCCCGGUUUGA